AUGUCCUACACCUCCUCGUCUUUCCUCUUCACCAAAUCGACCCCUCCGCCCGUGCGUCCUCAGCGUCGCUCCCCCUUCGCGACUAAAUCCUCGCUCCAUCUCCACCUCUGUCUUGUUUCCGGCGAGAAAUAUGAACAGGAAAGCAGCGCCAAGCAGCCCGACCUGCGCCGGUGCCUCGGUCACGCCCGCAUCCAUGACAAGUCCAUGGAGCUUGUCAAGCGCGACAUCCACGUCCACAUCCGCUCCAUGGGCAGCGACAGUGACGAUGACCUCGACAACGAUCUUCCCAUUCCCCGUCGAUCGCGCCGCGCCUCCAAGGCCUCGGCUGCGCCUACCCCGAUGAAGCCGGCUGCUGUCAAGCCGACCGUAGUGAAGAAGGCCCCCUCGAUCAAAUGGGCCCCGGAGCCCGUCGAGAAGAAGAGCCUCCUCGACAAGGGUCGCCGGUGCAUGGAGAAGAUCUUCUCUCGCCGCAAUGGCAAUGCCCACUGGUCUCAAUCUGGUGUUCCGGUUGUCGCCUGUUGA